UCUCUCUCCCUAGCUAGCUCACUCACUUUGCCAUCGAUCUUCAGGACCAAAACCAGUCACAGUUAGUCACUCUCAGAUGGAUAUCUUCAGCAGAUACUCGGACCCUCAUCCAUUUGGGUCUGCCUCCGAGAAGCCGGAGAGUACUUCUUCGUUGUCCGACGCUGGCACCUCUGCUCGCUCGGACGAAGAAGGAGUUCUCUUAGCUUCCAGCAUCCCGAAGAGGCGCGCGGGCCGGAAGAAAUUCAAGGAGACGAGGCACCCGGUGUAUCGCGGCGUUAGGAGGAGGAACAAGAACAAGUGGGUCUCUGAAAUGCGCAAACCCAAUGAGAAGACGAGGAUAUGGCUCGGGACGUACCCGAAUGCGGAGAUGGCGGCGCGGGCGCACGACGUGGCGGCUUUGGCGCUUAGGGGAAACUCUGCGUGUCUCAACUUUGCCGACUCGGCGUGGAGUUUGCGCCUGCCUGCUUCGACGGACGCCGGGGAGAUAAGAAAGGCUGCGGCGGAGGCGGCGGAGGGAUUCCGGCCGAGUGAGUUUGUUGAGGAGACGGAGGGGAAGAGUGUGCAAGAAAGUAGUGUGUUUUAUAUGGACGAGGAGGCUCUGUUUGACAUGCCUGGAUUGCUGGUGAAUAUGGCUCAAGGUCUUCUACUGUCUCCUCCUCACUGUGUAGACAAUGGUGUCGACUGGGAUGACAUGGAAAGCAAUGGUGGGGUUUCUUUAUGGAGUUUCUCAAUCUAACAGUAGAGUUUUGAUAGUGCAUACAAAAGGGCGUCUCUUUCGGUUCAUUUGUUUACUGUGUUUUUCACUGGCACAGUUAGCUUCCUUAGCCUAGAAAAUAUGUAAAAUAGGAAGCAAAUUUCUCAUCAGUGUAUUUUUUCAAUUGUUUUACACUGUUUUUUUUUUCUAGGCAAAAAUAAAUCAUUGUAUUAUUACGAGUAGAAAGAUUUUUCACCAUAUCCAUUAUCUUAACUCUCCACCGGGACAUAAGUGGGAUCAAGGUGUCUAACACUAAUUUGAAGUGAGUGAUUCUUGUUA